CAGGGCAGGGCAGGGCGCUGCGGCGGCAGGGGAGGCCCCGGCCCGGCCCGGCGCGGGCGGGCGCGCACAACGACAAACAAACCGGCCGGCGCGGGGGAGCGGCCCCAUGGCUCUGGAUUUAUAACCGCGGCGCAGAUGGCGCGGCCGGGCCCCCGCCGGGCGCCGAGCGGGGAGCGGCGCGAUGGGGGGCGGCGGCUGCCGGCGGGGCUCGUUGUUGCGUGACAAAAUUACACCCAUGAUGAAGAGAAGCUCUUGGCUCUCCUAAUCCUUUGUUGGUGAUUUGGAAGCAGUUACCUGCCUUGCCUGCUCUUUCGCCAUGUCUGGAUCUACGCAGCCCGUGACGCAGAGCUGGCGUGCUGCCGAGCCGCGCUACCCCCCACACGCCAUGUCCUAUCCGGUUCAGAUUGCUCGACCACAUGCGGACGUUGCGCUGUUGGAGUACCAGCAUCAUUCCAGGGAUUUCACUUCCCACCUCCCGCCAGGGUCAAUCAUGCAGCCGCAGCGGCGGAGGCCGUCCUUGCUCUCCGAGUUCCAGCCGGGCAAUGAAAGAUCGCAGGAGUUGCACCUGAGGACUGAGGCGCCUUCCUAUCUCUCUGACCUGACCAAGCCGUCUGACUUAGAGUUCAUUGAAACCAAGAGACCGCGCCUGGAUCUGCUUCAGGACCCCCUGAUGCGGCACUCGCCUCUCCUGAACCAGAGCCAGCAGGGAGGGACGGAGGAUCUCUCAAAGGAUCGUGGCCUGCCGGGCAAACUGGAGCCCGUGUCGCCUGUGAGCCCUGCUCACGCUGACACCGAGCUGGACCUGCUGCCAGCCCGGCUGUCGAAGGAGGAGCUCAUUCAGAACAUGGACCGUGUGGACCGCGAGAUCACCAUGGUGGAACAGCAAAUCUCCAAGCUGAAGAAAAAGCAGCAACAGUUGGAGGAAGAAGCAGCCAAACCACCAGAGCCUGAAAAACCCAUCUCCCCACCUCCUAUCGAGUCCAAACAUCGCAGCUUGGUGCAGAUCAUCUACGACGAGAACAGGAAGAAGGCAGAGGCUGCCCACCGGAUCCUGGAGGGACUGGGGCCCCAGGUGGAGCUGCCAUUAUACAACCAGCCUUCAGACACCAGGCAAUACCAUGAAAACAUUAAAAUAAACCAGGCAAUGCGGAAAAAGUUAAUUUUGUACUUUAAGAGGAGAAAUCAUGCUCGCAAACAGUGGGAACAGAAGUUUUGCCAGCGCUAUGACCAGCUGAUGGAGGCUUGGGAAAAGAAAGUGGAGCGCAUCGAAAAUAACCCCCGGCGUCGAGCCAAAGAGAGCAAAGUGCGGGAAUACUAUGAGAAGCAAUUCCCAGAGAUCCGGAAGCAGCGGGAACUUCAAGAGCGCAUGCAGAGGUUAGAGGAGAAGCGCAGGGUAGGACAGAGGGGCAGCGGUGGGCUCUCCAUGUCGGCCGCGCGCAGCGAGCAUGAGGUGUCAGAAAUCAUCGAUGGGCUCUCAGAACAAGAGAACCUGGAGAAGCAGAUGCGCCAGCUUGCCGUCAUCCCACCCAUGCUCUACGAUGCUGACCAGCAGCGCAUUAAAUUCAUCAACAUGAACGGUCUCAUGGAUGACCCCAUGAAGGUCUACAAGGACCGGCAGGUGAUGAACAUGUGGAGUGAACAAGAGAAGGAGACCUUCCGGGAAAAGUUCAUGCAGCAUCCUAAGAACUUUGGCCUGAUUGCAUCCUUUCUGGACAGAAAGACAGUGGCAGACUGCGUCCUCUAUUACUACCUGACCAAGAAGAAUGAGAAUUACAAAAACCUUGUAAGAAGGAAUUACCGGCGGCGUGGGAAAAGCCAGCAGCAGCAGCAAAUGCCCCGGAGCAGCCAAGAUGAGAAAGAUGAAAAAGAAAAAGAAAAGGAGAAGGAGGGAGAAAAGGAUGAAGAUAAGCAGGAAACAGAGAACGACAAAGAAGAACUGACAAAGGACAAGAACGACGACACAUCCGGGGAAGACAAUGAUGAGAAAGAAACUGUCACCUCCAAAGGUCGCAAAACUGCCAACAGCCAGGGCAGGCGCAAAGGCCGCAUCACCCGCUCCAUGGCAAAUGAAGCCAACAACGAGGAGGCGGCCACUCCGCAGCAGAGCGCAGAGCUGGCUUCUCUGGAGAUGAAUGAAAGCUCUCGCUGGACCGAAGAGGAAAUGGAGACAGCCAAAAAAGGUCUCCUUGAGCAUGGGCGGAACUGGUCAGCCAUUGCCAGGAUGGUGGGCUCCAAGACUGUGUCACAGUGCAAAAACUUCUACUUCAACUACAAGAAGAGGCAGAACCUGGAUGAGAUCCUACAGCAGCACAAACUGAAAAUGGAGAAAGAAAGGAACGCCAAGAGAAAGAAGAAAAAAGGCACCGCUGUUCAAAACGAAGAAGCUGCCUUCCCUCCCGUGGCCGAGGACGAGGAGAUGGAGGUGUCGGGGACGAGCGGCAAUGAGGAGGAGAUGGCUGAGGAGGCGGAAGCUGCAGUAAAUAACAGCUCCGACACUGAGAGUAUUCCCUCGCCAAGGCCUGAAACCAAAGAAGGAGGCGAAAACGGGGCCAAGGCACCACCUGGACCAGGAGGUGACUCCAGUGCCGAACCAGCAGUCAAGUUGGAAGAGGCUUCUACACCCCCUGACGCUCCCCCUGCUCUCCCCACGAACCCUGCUCCUGCUGCCAGCCCUCCACCAGAGGCAGCUCCCGAGCCGCCCAGCAGCGAGGAGAAAGCGCAGGAGGACCUGGUGGUGGACGUGGUGAAAACGGAGGAGGCAGAGGAGAAGGUAAGCGAAGAGCCCUGUAAGAGUGAGGUGAAGAAGGAGGAGAACAAAGACAGCCAGGAGAAGGACAAGGGGAAUGACAAGAAGGCAGAGAGCAGUGUCAGCAGUGGAGGGACAGCGGGGACGGAGGGGACGCCCAAGGCUGAGAAGAAGGAGAGUCAUAAAGGCACGAAAGGUCCCGGAGUGAACCCCGACAGUGACUCCAGUGCAACCUGCAGCGCGGACGAGAUGGAUGAACAGGAUGCUGUGGACAAGAGCAGGUUGCUGUCCCCCCGGCCAAGCCUGCUCAACACCACGAGUGAUGCCAGGCUGAACUCCUCACCACAGAAGCCGCUGGACCUGAAGCAGCUGAAGCAGCGUGCUGCUGCCAUCCCUCCCAUUAUUUCUGAAGGUUUCUCGGAGGGGAUAUUGCAGAGUGGAAGCGCGAAGCCUCAGGUGCCUCCCCAUGCCUUGGCCCUCUACCAGCAGCAGAUCACGAAAGCCCAUGAGUCUGCCCGUGAGGACGUGCCCCUGAGCAAGCUCACGCAGUCCCAGCAGCAGCAGGCGGAGAAGGAGCAGCAGCAGCCAAGCAGCAGUCCCAGGGGAAAGAGCAGGAGCCCCGCUGUUGGUGACAAGGAAGAGAAGUCCAUACAUUUCUCAUCCAUUGCAGAGGCUCAGAAACUGACUGUGGAGCCAGCGGCCACCUCGUGCUGGCCCCCUGUCCUGUCCUACUCUCGGGAUGUGAUCAAAACCUCUCCCCAGGUGGAGCCCCACUUGUUUCAGUAUAACCCACCAGGACACCCCAUCCCGCUAAACCUGCAUGAGAGCUCUCGCUCAGGGCUGCAGAGGCUAGCAAGCAUCUCCAACCCUCCCCCCCUCAUCUCCUCCACCAAGCACGCCUCCGUGCUGGAGAGACCCGUUGGAUCCAUUUCCCAGGGCAUGCCCAUCCAGCUCCACACACCCUACAGCUCCGAGCACGCCAAGGUCCCCGUCGGUUCCAUCACUAUGGGCCUGCCACUGACCAUGGAUCCUAAGAAACUGGUGCCUUUUCCUGGAGUAAAGCAGGAACAACUUUCUCCUAGAAGCCAGGCCAGCCAGCCAGAAAGUCUGGUUCUGCAGCCAUCCCAGGAGGGCUCCAUCCUGCGGGGUACGUCGCUCAGCUCUGCCUCGGGAGGGAGCAUCACCAAGGGAACACCCACAUCCAGACCCGCUCCGGAGUCACCCAUUACCUACCGAGGGUCCAUCACACACGGCACCCCAGCAGAAGUGCUGUACAAAGGAACCAUUACCAGGAUAAUUGGAGAAGACAGCCCCAGCAGAGCAGAGAAGGCGAGAGAGGAUGCCAUGCCCAAAGGACAUGUCAUCUACGAAGGGAAGAAAGGCCAUGUGCUGUCCUACGAGGGUGCAGGCAGCUGGUUUCAUCGCAUGUGGUUGUUUCAUCCGGGCCUGGAGGCAGAGAGUUCAGGUGGAGUUGCUGCUUCUCAGUGUCCCAAAGAAGACAGCAGGAGCUCAGGAUCUUCACAUGAGACCACAGGAACCAAGCGGACCUACGAUAUGAUGGAGGGGAGGAUCAGCCGGGGCUUAUCAGCCCGUGAUACCUUGUCUGCUGGUAUUGAAGGUCUCAUGGGUCGAGCGAUCCCUCCAGACAGACACAGUCCCCAUAACCUAAAGGAGCAGCACCACAUGCGGGGCUCAAUCACACAAGGAAUACCUCGGUCCUAUGUGGAGGCCCAUGAGGACUACCUCAGAAGAGAAGCCAAGCAGCUCAAGAGGGAAAACACUCCACCAAGGGAUUUAUCUGAUGCCUACAAGGUCAGGUCUCAUGAGGGCCUUACUCCUCUGAAAAUGAAACCAGCCCAUGAAGGCUUGGUGGCCACAGUGAAAGAAGCAGGAAGAUCAAUCCAUGAGAUUCCCCGGGAGGAGCUGAGGCGGACACCAGACAUCUCUCUGACGAGACCUCUGAAGGAAGGCUCCAUCACACAGGGUACCCCGCUGAAGUACGAUAGCAGCUCUUCCUCCUCGAGUACCAAAAAGCACGACGUGCGGUCUAUCAUCGGCAGUCCCAGCAGGACUUUUCAUUCUGUGCACUCACUGGAUGUUAUCCAAGACCCGAGGAAUCUGGAGAGAGCUUACGAAGAGAGCCUGAAAAACAGGCCAAGCCCAGUCACAAACUCAGGUGGCUCCAUUGCCAGAGGGGCUCCUGUAAUUGUACCCGAGCCAAGCAAGUCCCACCAAAGUGCCCUCGCGUAUGAGGACCACCAGGCAGGGCACAGCACGGCGUUUGGCAGCCACUUGCACAGAGGGUCUCCGGUCUCCACACGAGAGUCCACACCGCGGCAGCACGAAGGGAGCAUCACUGCCGGGAAGCCGGUGUCCCAGGACAGAAAAAUCACCCCCGCAUCGAGAGAGCUCACCAACUCCAAGUCUCCACAUGCCCCCGUGCCCGACCACCACCACCCCAUCUCUCCAUAUGAGCACCUGCUCCGCGGGGUUAGUGGGGUCGACCUGUACCGAGGACACAUCCCAUUGGCUUUCGACCCAGCCGCCAUCCCAAGGGGAAUCCAACUGGAAGCAGCUGCUGCUUACUACCUGCCGAGGCAUCUGGCUCCGAGCCCCACGUACCCCCAUCUCUAUCCCCCGUACCUAAUUCGGGGCUACCCGGACACAGCCGCCAUGGAGAACCGACAGACCAUCAUCAAUGACUACAUCACAUCCCAGCAGAUGCACCACAACGCCACAGCCACAGCCAUGGCACAGCGGGCAGACAUGCUACGUGGCUUGUCGCCCCGGGAGCCCUCCCUCGCCCUCAACUAUGCAGCAGGCAUCAUUGACCUGUCCCAAGUGCCACACCUGCCCGUCCUCGUGCCCCCCACCCCUGGCACCUCUGCCACCACCAUGGACCGCAUCACGUACAUCCCUGGGCCUCCCCAGACCUUCGGCAGCCGACAUAGCAGCUCCCCACUGUCCCCAGGAGGCCCCACACACAUGACCAAACAGUCAGGAUCAUCAGUGUCGGAGCGGGAACGGGAGCGGGAACGGGAGAGGGAACGUGAAAAAUCCAUCCUAGCAUCCACCACAGUGGAGCAUGCACCCAUCUGGAGACCAGGUACAGAGCAGUCCAGCAGCCGUUCAUCCUCACACUCUCACAGCCACCAGCACUCUCCUGUCUCACCCCGCACCCACGAGACCAUCCAGCAGCGCCCCAGUGUGCUUCACAACACAAGCAUGAAGAUCAUUUCCUCGGAGACCCCCACCCCUUCCGUCCUGCGAUCCUCUUCCACCACUACCACAUCACCAAUCCGCUCCACCGCCUUCCCCUCAGCCUCCACCCUGCGCUCCUCCAUCAGCGCAGCAGAUGGCUACGCGGCCCUGAUGGACCCAGCCGUCCUGCAGAAAGAGGCCUCGAGGGUGCGGGAAGCCAAGGCAGAACGAUCCCAGACUGACAACGUCUUCACCUCAAAGCUGCCCAGUGGGGCCAACCUCGAACAGUCACCUUCACCCAUUAAAGCCAUGGAGUCGAGACCUUUACCCACCUCUGGUUCUUCUCAUCACUAUAGCAGAGUACAGGGGAAAAGCCAGCAGCACCAUCACCCUCUGGACCAGCAGCACGUGGCCUCAGGCCCUGAGCAGCACGGUAGAGAAAAGAGUCAAAGUAAAGCCUUUUCAAUGCAGGAACAGGAGCUCCGAGCACUCGGCUUUCACGGAGGCUACAGCCCUGAGCGGAUGGAAGCAGUGAGUCCCGUGAGCUCGCCCAGCCUGUCCCAUGAAAAAGGGGCCAAGCUGCUGCAAGACACAGAGAAGGGGCAUGGAGAGCAUGACCUGGGGCAGAAACAGCAAGGCUUGCUGAAGGCCUCGGCUCCCGAAGCAGCCCACCUGCAGCAUCUCCGGCAGCCUGACGGCUCCCAGCCCCAGUGCCAACCCCUGCAGUCCAGCCAGAGCAUCAAGGGCAUGAACCAGCGGGUGGUCACGCUGGCCCAGCACAUCAGUGAGGUCAUCACACAGGACUACACACGCCAUCAUCCACAGCAGCUCAACUCCCACAUCCAGACCCCGGUGUACUCCUUCCCUGGGGCCACAUGCCCCGUGCUGGACCUGCGUCGGACCCCCAGUGAGGCAUAUCUGCAGCAGCAGGAGCACGCAACGGCCUCCAGGAUCUCCCCACAGACCGAAGGUGGCAAAAGGUCCCCAGAGCAGAGCAAAGCUUCAGCCGGGAGCGGGUCGGACAACUGUAUCGAGCCAGUCUCUCCACCAGACGGCGUGGGAGAAUCGGAGCAUGCCAAGAGCACCACGUACCCAAUCCUGUACCGCGAGGGCGAGCAGAUAGACCAGAGAAUGGGGUCCAAGUCCCCAGGAAACAACACUCAGCCUCCAGCUUUCUUCAGCAAGCUGACUGAGAGCAACUCUGCCAUGGUGAAAUCCAAAAAACAGGAGAUCAUCAAGAAGCUCAGCACAACCAACAAAAAUGAGACGGAGUACAAUGUUGGACAGCCUGGGACAGAGAUUUUCAAUAUGCCAGCAAUUACCGGAGCAGGGCUAAUCAGUUGUAGGAGCCAGUCGGUCCAAGAGAAUUCCAGUACCAACAUGGGGUUGGAGGCAAUAAUUAGGAAAGCCCUAAUGGGUAAAUAUGACGAGCAGUGGGAAGAGCGCUCACCUCUCAGUGCCAAUGCUUUUAACUCUCUGAAUGCCAGUGCAAGCCUGCCCGCUGCUAUGCCCAUAACUCCUGCUGAUGGACGAAACGAGGACGUGCGCUCCUUGCCAGGAGGAGGGGGGAAGCCAAAGAUCGCUGCCAGACCCAACAGCCGCAAGGCCAAGUCCCCUGCGCCGGGUCUGUCGUCAGGCGAGCGGCCGCCCUCCGUCUCCUCGGUGCACUCGGAGGGGGACUGCAACCGGAGAACGCCCCUCACCAACCGUGUCUGGGAGGACAGGCCGUCUUCUGCAGGUUCGACACCGUUCCCCUACAACCCGCUCACCAUGCGACUGCCCAGCGGGGUGGUGACGGCAGCCCCUGCCACCCCGCUGCCGCAGGGGACCCCCGGCAGCCAGCACCACGCCUGGGACGAGGAGCCCAAGCCCCUGCUCUGCUCCCAGUACGAAACCCUUUCGGACAGUGAAUGAAGCGAGGCAGGGGCAGGGAGAUGGCGACCAAACCCAGGGCGUGGGGAGCGAGCGGGAUGCCCGGGGCAAGCGCCCACCGCCCCAGCCCCUCCGGCUCUCAUGAGCGAAGAUGCAGGAGCAGGACUAUUUUAUGUUUUUCUUUUCCCUUUUUCCUCCUUCCCCUCCCAAGCAGCCACUUUGGGGGAUUUUUUUUUUAAUUUUUUUUUUUGUUUGCUUUUUUUUUUUUUUCUUUCUCAACAUCUGGAAAUUUCUGCAUCCUCUGGUCUGAAGAAAAAUAGAGAAAAAAGCCUUAACAAGACAAAACCCAAGGAACCCAUCUUCGAUCUUGGCAGCCUUGCCAGGCGGUGACUCCCACGCUUAAGAGGGACUGUGAGCAGCCGCGCGCCGGGACACUCUGCUGGUGCGCUCCUGCGGAGUCGAGUGAGGGGCUGCACCGCGGAAAUGCAAAACCUUGAGCAGGUUAAAGAAAAAAAAUGUAUCUAUGUUUAAGAAUUCAAAUAGGAUGGAAGCAGCCCAGUUUGGUCCCUGCAAGCUGAUCCGAGGGCUGGCGGCCCCUCGUACCCACGUCACAAGACUGAUCAGCCCUGGAGCGGGCUCAGCGCGCUUCAGCCGUGGCCGGGAUGAGCGGGCAGGGGAGGGAGUGAGGAGCUAUUUCUUCAAAGCAAAAAAAUCCUGGUCCCUGUGGUGAAAGCGAUUGGGCUUAAAUCGGAGCGAGCAGGGAUGCCCCGGGGCUGGCUCACACGCUGCCCACAUAGGGGCUCGGUUGCUUUAAGUGCAUUGUUUUCUGAAUGGUAAGAAAAGGCAAUUGUAAAUUGUAAUGGUCUACAGGGUAUAUUUUUGAUACCUUCAGUGAAUUAUGUCAAUAUUUUACGCAAGGAAGGACUUAAAACCCAGUAUUACACGCUGUAAAAGAGGUUCUGUUCUUACGUGCAGGCUUUGAUGUGUUUGUCCGUUGUAUGGAAGGGUUUGGAAAAAAGGAGAAGGUAACGAUAUGCUGUCAAAGUUACCUGUAAGUCAGGAGAAUGUAUGAACUUAGUUUAAAAAAACAAACAAACUAUCCAAAUCUUGCCAUGGUUGCGGAGCCCCCUUACACCCACCUUCGCGGACUCAGCAGAAACCGUGUGCUGGCUGUAGCCGUUGAUUCUCUGGAGCCCUCGGAGCGGGCUGGGCGCAGGGGCCGAGCGGGCAGGAGGCCGGCGUGGCAGGGAGCUCACAGGAAACUUAAAAAAAAAAAAAACAAAAUAAAAAAAAAAACCACACAAGUUAAAAAAAAAAAAAAAGGAAAAAAAAGUUUUUAUUGUAUUUUUGUGAUACACAUGAAUGCUCUACUUUACGUUAUUUUUUUCAUUCCAUGAUGUUGGCUCAUAUCUGCAGUUACAUGGUUAAAGAACAAAAUAUUAGACUUCUUUUCACUCACUUCUGCUUUCUCGCUCUGGGGGGGAAAUAGCAAAAAAAAAAAAAAAAAGAAAAAAAAAAAAAAAACCAACAAAGCUGUGUAUUAAAUGCUUUGCAUUCUCUACGCUAGAGGAGCCCAGAGCCCAGCACGGACUUUCUGCCGCUGCUGGGUGCCUGCCAGCCCCGCGGCCGCCCCGCAGCCCUCGCCUGGCACACGGGGCCGGUGCCAGCACCUUCCCCACGGAUCUUUCUUUUCCCCCUGCAACGUCCCCAGGUUGAUUCUGAUUUCAAAGCAAGCGAAUGAUGGUGUUUGUUGUUUGUUUGGGGUUUGUUUUGGUUUUUUUUCCGUUGGGUUUUUUUUUGUUUUUUUUUUUACAAUGUACAGGUUUUUAAUGUUCAUCCAUGUUUGUGUCUUUUCUGUUGUGCUUUUU